CACGCAGCACAGUUAAACAGUUGAUUUUCCUUUCUUUUUUUUUUUAAUUACACACACUGUGCAUUUUCAUCUUCUUUCUCGCUCGCCGGUCCAAGACGCCUUUUAAUCGGCCCUUUUUAAACCAUAGUUGUUCAUUUUCACUGAUCCGGCUAAACACUCCAAAAACCACCAGCAACCGCCGGAAAAGAUCUAUCAAUAUAGUCAGAUCCAUCUCACUGUUGCUUGCAUUUUGUCGGAACAGUUGAAAAUAUGCUGCGUCUAAGGGCUUUUCGCCCUACAAAUGACAAGAUCGUGAAGAUUCAGAUGCAUCCGACGCAUCCUUGGCUUGUUACCGCUGAUGCAUCCGAUCACGUCUCCGUUUGGAAUUGGGAGCAUCGCCAGAUUAUUUAUGAACUGAAACCUGGAGGUGUUGAUGAGCGGCGCUUGGUUGGUGCCAAACUGGAAAAGCUUGCCGAGGGUGAAUCAGAGCCUAGAGGGAAACCUACAGAAGCCAUACGAGGUGGGAGUGUAAAGCAGGUUAGCUUUUACGAUGAUGAUGUACGCUUUUGGCAACUCUGGCGUAAUCGGUCUGCUGCUGCCGAGUCUGCAGCAGCUGCUGGUCAUGUCACUUCAACUUUUACCUCUCCUGCUGCAUCAACCAAAGGGCGCCAUUUUCUUGUUAUUUGUUGUGAGAACAAAGCUAUUUUUUUGGACUUGGUGACGAUGCGUGGUCGCGAUGUACCAAAGCAGGAGCUUGACAACAGAUCACUUCUAUGUAUGGUGUUCCUGUCUAAAACAACUGCUGUUGAUGGCCCUCUUGUGGCUUUUGGAGGGUCAGAUGGUGUAAUUAGAGUUCUUUCAAUGAUAACAUGGAAGCUUGCACGAAGAUACACAGGAGGUCACAAGGGAGCAAUUUCUUGUUUGAUGAAUUUCAUAGCUGCUUCUGGCGAGUCUCUUCUAGUUUCUGGUGGUAGUGACGGAUUGCUUGUACUUUGGAGUGCAGACAACGCUCUUGAUUCAAGAGAGCUUGUUCCUAAGCUCAGCUUAAAAGCUCAUGAUGGUGGGGUUAUUGCUGUAGAGCUCUCCAGAGUGAUUGGUAAUGCACCACAGCUCAUUACUAUUGGUGCUGAUAAAACAUUAGCAAUCUGGGACACCGUCUCUUUUAAGGAAUUGCGUCGAAUAAAACCUGUUCCCAAACUAGCUUGUCAUAGUGUGGCAUCGUGGUGCCACCCACGGGCUCCCAACCUUGAUAUCUUGACGUGUGUCAAAGAUUCCCAUAUAUGGGCUGUCGAGCACCCCACCUAUUCUGCUCUUACAAGGCCAUUGUGUGAACUUUCUGCACUAGUACCUCCACAAUUACUUGUCUCUCACAAGAAGCUGAAGGUUUAUUCUAUGGCUGCACAUCCUUUACAGCCACACCUUGUAGCUACUGGAACCAAUAUUGGCAUUAUUCUCUGUGAAUUUGAUCAGAAGUCUCUUCCUCCUGUAGCAGUACUGCCAACACCAACAGAAAGUCGUGAACAUACUGCCGUCUAUGUUGUUGAAAGGGAAUUGAAGCUGUUGCAAUUUCAGUUAUCUAACACCACUGCUCCAGCACUUGGAAGUAAUGGGUCUUUGAGUGACACAGGAAGGUUCAGAGGAGAGAUUCCUGAACAACUCCAGGUCAAACAAACCAAAAAGCAUAUUACUACUCCACCUCCGCACGAUUCGUACUCAGUUCUUUCUGUCAGCAGUUCUGGGAAGUAUCUAGCAAUUGUAUGGCCUGAUAUUCCUUACUUCUCUAUCUACAAAGUCAGCGAUUGGUCAGUUGUUGAUUCUGGAAGUGCAAGGCUUUUGGCUUGGGAUACUUGUCGAGAUAGGUUUGCUUUGUUGGAAUCUGCACUUCCUCCUAGAAUUCCCAUCAUUCCAAAAGGUUCAUCUAGAAAAGCGAAGGAAGCUGCUGCAGCUGCAGCACAGGCAGCAGCAGCUGCUGCUUCUGCUGCUUCUUCUGCCACUGUUCAAGUUCGUAUAUUGCUGGAUGACGGGACAUCAAAUGUAUUAAUGAAGUCAGUGGGAAGCCGGAGUGAACCAGUUAUUGGCUUGCAUGGAGGGGCAUUACUUGGUGUGGCCUAUCGAACUUCUCGAAGGGUUAGUGCUGCUGCUGCUACAGCAAUUUCAACAAUUCAAUCUAUGCCAUUAUCAGGCUAUGGAGGUAGUUCUGUAUCUUCAUUUAGCACUAUGGAAGACAGUUCUCAAAAAUCUGCAGCUGAAGCAGCACCUCAGAACUUCCAAUUGUACAGCUGGGAAACAUUUCAACCAGUGGGUGAUCUUCUUCCUCAACCAGAUUGGACCGCAUGGGAUCAAACAGUUGAGUAUUGUGCUUUUGGUUAUCCACAGCACAUUGUCAUAUGUUCCUUGCGUCCACAGUUUAGAUACUUGGGGGACGUUGCAAUUCCUUUUGCCACGGGGGCAGUUUGGCAGAGAAGGCAAUUAUUUGUUGCUACACCUACUACCGUUGAGUGUGUUUUUGUGGAUGCCGGGGUUGCGCCUAUUGACAUAGAAACAAAAAGAAGAAAAGAGGAAAUGAAACUUAAAGAAGCACAGUCAAGAGCUAUUGCUGAACAUGGAGAAUUAGCCUUGAUAACAGUCGACAAUCAACAAUCAAAUCCACAAGAGAGGAUAGCAUUGAGACCCCCAAUGCUACAAGUUGUGCGAUUGGCUUCUUUUCAGCAUGCACCCUCUAUUCCUCCAUUUCUGUCAUUACCUAGACAGUCAAAAGUUGAUGGUGAUGCAUCGAGUGUACUCAAGGAGAUGGAAGCUCGUAAAGCUAAUGAGGUGGCAGUUGGUGGUGGUGGGGUUGCAGUAGCUGUCACUCGUUUUCCUGCAGAGCAAACACGUCCAGUUGGACCUCUUGUUAUUGUAGGUGUACGAGAUGGUGUUCUUUGGCUAAUUGAUCGAUACAUGUGUGCUCAUGCAAUAUCCCUUAGCCAUCCUGGUAUCCGUUGUCGAUGUUUGGCAGCUUAUGGAGAUGCUGUAAGUGCUGUAAAAUGGGCCAGUCGACUUGGCAGAGAACAUCAUGAUGAUUUAGCGCAAUUUAUGCUUGGGAUGGGUUAUGCUACUGAAGCACUUCAUUUACCUGGAAUAUCCAAGAGGUUAGAGUUUGAUCUGGCCCUGCAGAGUAAUGAUUUGAAAAGAGCACUUCAGUGCCUUCUAACCAUGAGCAACAGCAGAGAUAUUGGGCAAGAAACUGUUGGAUUGGAUCUGAACGAUCUUAUGAACAUGACUAAGAAAAAGGAAAAUGUUGUUGAAGCUGUUCAAGGAGUAGUUAAAUUUGCCAAGGAGUUUAUGGAACUCAUUGAUGCUGCAGAUGCUACAGCACAAACUGAUAUUGCUCGUGAAGCACUUAAAAGAUUAGCUGCUGCUGGUUCUAUAAAGGGAGCUCUACGAGGUCAGGAAUUAAGAGGUGUUGCUUUACGGCUUGCAAAUCAUGGGGAGUUAACACGACUCAGUAGCUUGGUAAACAACUUGAUAUCAGUUGGUGCGGGACGGGAGGCUGCAUUUGCUGCUGCACUUUUGGGAGACAAUGUACUUAUGGAGAAAGCAUGGCAGGAAACUGGGAUGCUUGCUGAGGCCGUACUACAUGCACAUGCUCAUGGCCGACCUUCAAUGAGAACCCUGGUCCAGUCAUGGAACCAAAAGUUGCAGAAGGAGAUGGAACACACUCCAUCAAUGAAAACUGAUGCCGCAGCUGCCUUUCUGGCCUCUCUCGAGGGGCCUAAGCUCACAAGUCUGGCAGAUGCUGCAAAGAAGCCACCAAUUGAAAUACUGCCACCUGGUAUGGCAUCUCUAUACGGUCCAAAUCCCGGUCAAGCCAAGCCUCUUUUGGGGAAGCAGGGCUUGCCACAACCUGGCAAACCACUACUUCUGGAAGGAUCUAAAGGGACAGCACCAAUUGCUUCUGUUCCUGCUGGAAGCAACACAGCUGCAACAUCAGAAUCAGGUGUUCCUCCUAAAUCAGAAAAUGGGGCUUCCACUACACCAGAAUCAAGUAAUCCACCUGCCUCAGAUUCUGGUGCUGCACCUGCCUCAGAUUCUGGUGCUGCACCCGCAUCAGAGACUGGAGCUGCACCCGUGACAGAAACUGGCGCUGCACCACCCACGACAGAAACUGGCGCUGCACCACCCGCAAUAGAAUCUGGUGCUGUACCCGCAACAGAAACUGGUGCUGUACCCGCAAUAGAAACUGGUGCUGCACCUGCGACAGAAACCGGUGCCGCUCCUGCAGAAUCAAGUACAACCCAAGCAUCAAACUUGGAUACCUCAGUUGCUGCUGAAGCAAUUGUGCCUGCUACACUAGCAUUGAAUGAAAAGCCGUCGGACUAUCUGGCCUUAGUCUCAUCAACAUCAGUUGCUGUAGAACCAACUACAAUUGGCGCAAUUGUUCCAUCAACUUCAGCCACGGGUCCACCACCUGCAACAGAUAACAAGAAACCAAGUGUUCCUGAUGAACGUCUAAUGAUUGAUUUUUCUUGACGUUCUCUAACUACAAGCUCACCUUUCCAUGCAGAUUCUCUGCCGUACGAGUGGUAUGGAUUCCUCACAUUACAUUUCUGAUUGUGGAGUAGAAUAUCUAUACUCGUUUAUAUGCUUAAAGCACUACACAUGCUGCAGUUGAAUCUGCGAGUUGAUAGGAUUGUUAUAUUAUAUUAGGUGUUAGGUUUGUUUUGUGAAUAUAAGUUUGUCCUGUAUGAUCCUUAUUCUUUGAUUUGGUGGAAUUAUGCAUAUCCACAUUAUCUUGUACUCCGUUUUCCUUGAUUUUAUAACCUUUUUGUUUUCUUGUAAUUUGAUUAUUCCCCUCAUUA